AUGGCCUACAACAAGAGCUACAAUCCCGACGCGCUGCCAGCGCACGCCGAACCUGAGCAGGUCGCCCAAAUGAUCGGGAACAUGCAAGUAUCAGGUAGUCAACCUACCGGCCAAAGCCAAAAGCCCCUACCCUCACGACCCCCACAGGCAGGCCCUGGCGGCGGCGUUCCACCCCGCGUCCCGGUUUCCAGUGCCCCUCCACAAGGAGGAGGAGGUUAUAACGCACCGCCGCCGCUGCGCCCACAAGAUCCCCACGCCUCGCACUCCUAUAGUGGCAGCGUUCCUGGCGGUGGCCGACCAUCACCAGCAAAUCCAACUCGGCCACACCCAUUACACCCAUCUCCGCCACCGCAGAACUAUGGGUUCGGCCCCCCUCCCUCCCACAACCGACCACCACCCUCAUCGCGCCCUCCCCAAUCCCCACAACCCCCACCCCUCGCUGCACCAACGAGCAAUGACCCACAGCAUCUCUUUCCGCUCUUUCGCGCCGCGAAUUCCUCGCACUCGGGCUCGCUGACGGAGCACGAGCUGGGCUCUGCGCUCGUCAAUGGAGACUAUACGUCCUUCCACCCGCGGACGGUGAAGAUGAUGAUCCGCAUGUUCGACCGGGACGGGAACGGGAUCAUCAAUUUCGACGAGUUCGUUUCGUUGUGGCGAUAUCUGGCGGCGUGGCGGGAACUCUUCGAUCGAUUUGAUGAGGACCGCAGUGGGCGGAUUAGUCUACAGGAGUUUGAGAAUGCGCUCGUGGCUUUUGGGUAUCGGCUCAGUCCGAAGUUUGUCUCUGUGCUUUUCUCUGUCUUUGAGAGUAAGACGAGGCAAUUGAGUGGGGCGCCGAAGAGCCCUAAUCGGCAUGGGAUGAGCUUUGAUCUGUUUGUUCAGGCUUGUAUUAGUCUCAAGCGGAUGACGGAUGUGUUUAAGCGGUAUGAUGAUGAUCGGGAUGGGUAUAUUACUGUUAGCUUUGAGGAGUUUUUGACUGAGAUCCUCCAACUGCAGGAGUAA